AUGUUUGGGUUUAUUAUUAAGGGUAGCUCGCCACCCGACCAGAACCAGAUAAGAGCGUACGGCGUGCAGCGUUCCGCGCGCCUCAAAGACCCAAUAGACCACUACAGACGGGGCCCAAUAGGGCUGAUGUUCAGCCGGGGUUGCGGGGGCCGGGCGGGAGGGAGUGUCAGACUCUUGCUGACUAAAAACCCCCUGUUCCUUCUCCUGCUCUGUGCCGAGGUCGCGGUGCCUCAUUGCGCUUACCCCGCAACCCCGGCUGAACAUCAGCCCUAUAGGGCCCCGUCUGUGGUGGUCUAUUGGCUUAUUGAGGCGCGCGCGGAACGCUACGCGCCGUACGCUCGGGUCUGGUUCUGGUCGGGCGGCGAGCUACCCUUACUCGCCGUCCGCAAACCCGCGAGCGGGAGGCCUGCCCUCACUACGUUUUCCGGUCCUGGGCCUCGAGUGCUUUUCGGGCCCAUCGGCCUUCCGUCCUUCGACUGCUUACCAUCAGGUUAUGAAGAAAUUUACACAAUAUCACAACUCUCACCAAAAUCAGCGACAGUCGACCGACUGCCCCAAGAUACAGUCUUGCAGACCAGUCUACCAGAGAAUGUAGCACUAAGAAUAGAACCCAGUGUAAAAUAUGACGAAGAAGAACCACCUGUAGACAUCCAUGAAGACCUGGAACAGCAUGUCGUAGUAGCCAGGUCUGCAGAUCCUGUAAGAGAAUCUAGGUCUAUAAACAUAGAUGAGAUUCCUAGCUCAAAUAAUGAAAUUGAUAAUCACUUAGAGCUACACAAUAAGAGGAAGUAUUACGACAUCCAUCCAACGAAAACAACGGGAUAUUUAAGAAGUGAUGAUGAUGUCAUACUGUCUUCUGAAGGUUUCGGAGACAGGUUGGAGUUUAAGUUUCCGGGGGAAGGGAAGAGGGUCCCAAAAGCGCGCGCACUGGCGCCUAUGGGGCCCAGAAUACGGCCUACUGCAGUGCAGCCGAUUUUUGCGACAGCUACCCCUAGGAAGGACGAGCCGAGACAGAAUACUGAGAUCCAGAACAUUAUAACUGGGCUUGUAAAGUUACUGAAUGGAAACGUUAACGUACAAGCUAAUUCUCAGCUUCUGAAUGGAAGACCAGGUCGCCCCAUGGCGUCUAGGAUCAAUAACCGAGGUCCUCCGAAGAUAUCUGAUGUUCCACCGCUGCCAGACUUCGAUCCGCCUAUAUCACCACCUCCUCAUCACUUCCAUCCUACUAAAACUCCGCCUCCAUAUCCAUUCGACAGACCACCAGUCUACGUGAACAUACCAGAACAGAUCGUUCCUCCAUUAAAUAGACCAGGUUUCCACAGACCGAUACCUCCGUGGCAAAGACCAAGACCGAGACCCCCGAACAGAAGACCGAACCCAGGUCUACCGAUGUACAAACCAAUGCCACCUCUACCGAAUAUGCCAGAUAUACCAGAUGUGGAGGAGAAGCCAGAUGAUGUAGUUAGUGAGAAUGAAACCACUCAUUCAGAAAAUACGUUACAUCAUGAAGAAGCUGAAGUGACAGUAUCAGCUGAAAACACAACAGAAACAGAAGCUAUCAAAGAUGAUAAUAAUGAUAAUGAGACAACGACUGUAGCUGAAACCACAUCAUCAUCAACAACAACAACUAGCACGACAACUACUACCACUACCACUACAACAACUGAACCUCCACCACCAGAAACGACAACAACGGAAAAAACCACGACCACAGAAAGAACAACAACAUCAGAAAAAACUACAACCACAGAAAAACCGACAACCACAACUGAGAAAAAGAUUGAAAAACCUAAACAAGAUAAGAAAAAAGAUACAAUAUUUGGUGAAAAAGAUAAGCCAAAAGAUAAAGUUAAGGUGGAUGAUAGACUUUUCAAUAAGACUACGCCAAAAGACGAUCUAUUAGAUCAGGCUAUAAAGAUCAUUGAGCCUUCGUUAAUAGAAGUCCCGUCUUCUUCUUCUACUGUCAGUGCCACACCUACUGAUGGUCUUCUAAGUUAUGCUCCUACAGUCAGCGCGACGUCAUCAUCAUCAUCAUCGUCAGCUUCGUCAUCUGUGGAUGUGAUAAAAACUUCAUCGAUUAACUCUCAGCCGUUGCCAUCUUCGCAAGGCACGAUACCUUACCAUCCCUACCGUCCACGACCAGGCAUAGUCCUUGACGAUACAGACUUCAAACCCCAUGGUUCCCGCUACCGGCCUCAAGCUGAGGUGUCUGUGAUCACAGCACCAGAGACCAGACCUCCAGGGUAUGGGGAGAUCUUCGAUGUUACUGUGUCUGCUAUUCAGGGACUGGGAGAAAAGGGUGAGGCUUCAGUCCACAUAGAGAAUGUGAACCUAUCAGGCCAUGAGCACGAUGACAUCAUAGUGUCACCGUCAGGAGAGCAAGGAUUCGUCUCCAUUGAUGGGAAAAGGACGUACCUGAACCUCUUCGAUACUUCGACUCCUGGUCCUACCAUCAGACCUACAAGGGUGCAGAGCAUGCCUCAAUCUGUAUCACCGCUCCCACCUCCUCCUCUAGCACCCACUCUUGGCACAGGAGAAGCUAUCCCAGCGGACGACAUCCCCCUACCCCAGCAGCCUGUCAGGAGACCAGUUCAUCAUCAUCAGCAUGCACAGCCACAUAGACCACAGCAAGGAUUUAGAAGACCACAGCCAACCGUCAGGAUCGACACUUGUAUCGUUGGAGACGACUCCACGUGUGACCAGACACAGAACGAGAAAUGCAGAACCGAAGCUGGUAUAUCCAGUUGCCAGUGUCGGCCCGGUUACGCUAGGCGCAUACACAGAGACCCCUGCAGGCGAGUUGUGGCGUUGCUCCUCAAUCUGAGGGUCGACAGGCUUUACGAGAGGAAGGUGGCUUGGGACGCUAAGCUGGCGGAUAAGGAAUCUGACCCGUAUCAACAACUCAGCUAUGAAGCCGUUCGCGCUAUCGACUCAGCGUUUUCCAUGACUCCAUUUUCUGAUGACUUCGUGAGCGGUUCAGUUAAUUCCGUCCAUCAAGGAGACGAGAACAAUCGAGGGGUUUACGUGAAUCUGACUAUUUUGAUGCAAGAAACGGCAGAGACCCUCCGACCUUCAGUGGGGUCUGACAUACAGAAGCACUUACUGGGGGUCAUAAGGAGGAGGUCUAAUAACGUGGGGGCCUCAGCACUCUUCGUGGACACUCCCGCUGGCAGUGUACUGCCUUUACAUGAAUGCAGUUGUAAACAACUUAAGAGGGAUAAUACAAAUACUCCCGUGCGAUCCGCAAACAACUCUUUUGGCUCUCGCCAAUUGGCAGACCCCAACAAGCCACCUAGUCCUAAGAAUGUACAUUUACAACAUGGCCCGCCUGAUUCAAUGAAUGUAACUCAUAGAAAAAAGAGUACUGAAUUCUUCUCCGAGCAAAAACUUAGAGACAUUAUAAAACAAGAACUGAAUAUAACCCUAAAGUCAACCUUCAAUGAUUUUUUUACAGACCACCUUAAUAAAAUAAGAAGUGAAAUAGCAGAAUUUAAAAAUUCAUUUGUAUUUUUUAACGAAAUUUUUGAAGAGUUUAAAAAGAAAUUUGAGGAAAAAGGCAACUUGAUCUCCCUACUUGAGUCUGACAACAAAAACCUACAGCAGUGUGUCAACGAACUAUCGAAUCGACUGCGUGUGUUGGAGCAGAACAUGCGUGAAAAUAACGUGGAAAUUAAUGGUCUGCAGGAGAAAAAAUCCGAAAAUCUAGUAACUACUCUGCAAACACUGGCGAAGGUUACUGGUAUUAAUAUGACUGACUCUGAUAUAAUGCAUAUUACUCGAGUAGCCAAAUUAAACAAAGAAACCGAUCGACCACGCACCGUUAUUGCCAAGUUACGCAGUCCCCGACUGCGUGAUAAUCUCCUAGCAGCAGUUGCCAGCUUCAACAAAAAACAACCCCACGACAAAUUAAACUCCCAGCACCUAGGCAUAACUGGCAACAAGGCUCCCGUCUUUGUGAAUGUGGAUGAAUGCUCAUCAUCGGACCUGAACGACUGCCAUCAGUACGCUACGUGUACUAACACUUGGGGAGGAUUUAAAUGCCAAUGUUCAGACUCGACCCUGGACGCGUCGUCCUCUCCCCUGAAGGCAGGCAGGGAGUGCAAGGCCUGUGCAUCAUCACACUGCAACGACAGGGGAGCUUGCAAGUACGCUAACGGACAGCCUUACUGCAGCUGUUCCUCUGGAUACUACGGGUCUACCUGCGAGGUGGACGGUGAGGUCGUCGGCGUGGCUGUAGGAGCCUCGCUCCUCGCUGCACUAGUUAUCGCCAUAACACUCGCCGCGCUCAUGUCUUGGAGUCGUAAAUGGUCGCGGGAACAGAAGGCGGCCGGGAUGGGAUCUCCAAUCUUCAACUACAUGGCUGCCAAUACUAUUAAAACGCCACCUGUCGGUCAACCACCGUACCAGGUUACUCUGGAAGAACGGAUGAGAUGGGCGCAGAUCGCUGAGGCAAUGGCGCAGGCUAGUCACUAUGCUCCGGAACCAGCGCAGAUGGCGACGCGUCCGUCAUCAGCCAUGUUCGGAGGAUACCCCACUCUACCACCUGUACCUUUACCUAGGAUGGGAAUGCACGGUGGCCAUCACAAUGGCACCCUGAACACAGUAGCUUCUAGAGCCAACACCGCAGCUUCCCAUCAUAACUUAUACGGCUACACGAACCACAUGGCGACGGAAUCAACAAGUUCCGAAGCGUCUUCCCACGUCCAGGAGAGAGCUGAUCUAUUAGUGCCUAGGCCGAAAUCCAGGGCGAGGAGUAUGCAUAAUCAAAACGGAAUUUACUACGAUGUCGAGUAUGAGAACGCUCCGGAAGCUAUAUAUGGGACGAAAGGCAUCCCCCUAUCUACAUAUACAGUGAGCAGGGGCCCCCCAUUCUACAGGACAUAGUAUAUCUAAGUAUCGAU